GACAAUGACAUCAUGCUGAUUAAACUGAACGCCCCCGCUACCAUCAGCUCUCGAGUGUCCACCAUCUCCCUGCCAAGGUCUUGCGCUGCUGCUGGCACCCAGUGUCUCAUCUCUGGCUGGGGAAACACCAUGAGCAAUGGCUACAACUACCCUGAGCUGCUGCAGUGUCUGACUGCCCCAAUCCUCACAGACAGUGUCUGCCGCAAUGCCUACCCAGGCCAGAUCACCGACAACAUGAUCUGCCUGGGCUACCUGGAGGGUGGCAAAGACUCUUGCCAGGGUGACUCUGGUGGCCCCGUGGUCUGCAAUGGAGAGCUCCAGGGCAUCGUCUCUUGGGGCUAUGGCUGUGCUAUGAAGGGCAAACCUGGUGUCUACACCAAGGUCUGCAACUACGUGAGCUGGAUCCAGCAGACCAUGGCUUCCAACUAG